AUGCCUAACAAAAUGGCGGUAAUGUUUGUGGUUUAUUUUUAUAACUCGUAUUUUCCCUCCCUGUUCUUUAUUUUUUUCUUUGUCUCGAAUCUGAGAUGUACUUAUGACCCCUACCCGUCUCUUUUUACCCUUUUGCUUUCUCUAUCUCUCCUGUUCGCUUUUUCUCUAUCCUUACAUGCUUCUCUCUCUUUUUUUUUCAAUCUUGCUCUCUCACUCUCUCUUUUUGCUAUCCAUCUCUAUAGAUUCUCCCUUGCUUAUCUCUCUAUGACCCUUUUCUUUCUUUCUUUCUUUCUUUCUUUCUUUUUAUGUGUUGACGUCCACGUUAUUAUUCCCUCGCAUUCACUUUCUUUUUCUAUAUCUCUUCCAAACAUCUCACUUUCCUACUCCAUCUUUUUUACUCUUUCUUUAUCCCUCACCCUCUCUCUCUCUCUCUCUCUCUCUCUCUCUCUCUCUCUUUGCUCUCACUUUCCGAUACCAACUUCUCAUUUUCCUCUCUUUUUCUCUCUUUCUAUUCUUAUUUUUCUUGGCGAUAUUUUUUUGUACCAAAACGAGGCGUCUUUUCUCCGAUUCGCUUCUCUCUCUUUUUCUCUCUCUUUCUAUCAAAAUGAGGCGUCUUUUUCUCAUUCUCUAUCUGUUUUCUCACUCUUUCUAUCCUUAACUAAUAGUGCCAAAACGAGGCGUCUUUUCUCUGAUUCUCUUCUCUCUCACUUUCUCUCUCUUUCUGUGUUUCUCUUUCUCUAUCUCUUUUUCUCACUCUUUCUAUUUCUCUCUCUCUCCUUAACAAAUACUACCAAAACGAGGCGUCUUUUUCUCAUUCUAUUCUCUUCCUCUCUCUCUCUCUCUCUCUCUCUCUCUCUCUCUCUUUCUCCCCUUGUGUUGUGA